AUGGAGAGCUCAAUCGAUGUUGUUUUGGAGGAAAUAACAUGGCGGUCUCCCCAGCACGUCCAGCUAAUGGGCGGCUUCCUCCACUCCAAUAAUAUCUUGUUCUACUUUGCAGAGUCCCCCUUUUUCGAUUCUACAUCGAAUAAUGCGACAUUGACAUUGCAAGCAAUGCAUAAUGAGAAUUUUCGCCAAUUCAUCGAGACUCGAGAAGCUUUCGAGGGGCGAUUAAAGACCAUGCAAGGGCUAGAAUUUGUAGUAGCUCAGGACCCAAUACAGGAAGCCGCUGCUGCUGUAGCGGCAGGAAAUGUUCCCCAAGAACCAUCGAACAUAUGGGUUAUUAGAAAACAAAAUAGGCGACGGCAGCCCGGUAUGCGAGAAGAAGUACAGAUACUGGCUACCUACUUUGUUGUAGGGGAUUCUAUUUAUAUAGCACCGUCAUUGAUGAAUGUGGUUGGACGCCGAAUGCUUUCUACUGUCACGUCUCUCACAAAGAUCCUUCCAGCCGCAUCGAAACAGCUACUUUUUACGCCAUCUCACGGCCAUGCAUACACGCCCCCAAUUCAGAAGCACACUGAGGCAAAUCAACUGGCUGCCACCCAAUCUGCACAAGCCGGAAAGGAAGCGACUCCCGUACCUGGGACUCAAAGUACAACAUCUGGCGCAGUGUCACCGCCUUCCAAGCUAGGCGCUGCAGCAACUCAAGAUAUGAGAACUCUUGCAGAUGCGCUCAACCUUCUCUCCCGCUAUGGCGACGAGUAUAUGGAUGAGAUGCCCUUGGUCGGCGAGCCAGGGUCCUUUAUCAUCUCGAAGAAUGCUGCAAACACAUUGGCAGUUCCUGGGGCCGAGAACGCUACUGGCAUUGGCGGGGUGACCAAACCUGUCGUGCGAUCACCAUCGGGGACCCCAGCGCCAAAACUGGGACCAGAUACACCUGGUGCUUCACCUGCACUAGGGGGUGUGUCUGACUCCAGCCAGCCUAUGGCAGGAAAAGGUAAAAAGAGGGCUAUCACCAACACUUUGUGA